AUGAAAGACAGAAAAAGACUGAGCUGUCACGGAGUGGACGAGACUAAGGAGCCAUGCCAACUAAAGGCAAUGUGGGACCUUACAUUGGUUCCUGCCCAUUUCUCAGGGGAAAAAAAAAAUCCAAAAUCUCUGGAACACCGCCCCACCCACUCAAGAGUGACCGACACCUUCCAGCAGCCUGGAUACCCCCUCCCCCCCCCAAUUGGUGGCCCCGAGUUUCUGACUGUGGGACGGGGUACCGAAUCUGGGAAGUCAGGGCCGUGGGUCCUACCGUAUGGUCUCCUCUCGGAGCCUCGGGUUCCGAAGGUGCAAAAGGGGCGAGUCGGACGGGGAACCUUCAGUGCAACACCUCCCGGUCGGGCUGCCAGGAGGCUCCGACCCCGCGCACCUGGCCCUCCCCUCAGCACCGCGAGCCUCGCGUCACCCCCACCCCUCGCAGUGUGCCCCACGGCGCACCUGGGCCAGCCCCCCAAAGGACCCCCACCAGGAACGGAUGCGCGGGCCGGGCUCGGGUCCGAGACGCCGGGGACCCUGAGGGCCUGGCGCCCACAGUGCGUCACGGGCAGGGCAGACGCCGGGCACUUUUCCACCCCCGACCUCGGGAGGCCGUCACGCUCGUCCCGUCGGCCGCCUCUCUACACCCGCUGCGGCCCGUUUAAAAUGACCGAGCAAGCACCUGCCCUCGCUGACCUCUACAGGUUAACACAUACUAAAGAGCAACGCUGUUUGAGGAGCAGAGGACCUCUGGAAAACUCUGCUGUCUGAAACGAAAGCAAGGCACUCUCCACUAACAGCUGGUGGAUUCCUGACUUCCGCCCACAGGAGGCCUGUUCACGCCGAGAGAGAGCUCUUUCCCAAGGGAGGAAUCACCUGCUUUAAUUCUUGCUGUCCUCUUCUGAGCUAGUUCGGUCAUCCACUCUGUAUACACUUGUGUGUCCACAUGAAGACAAAAAAAGAGACUUGAAUUGAUAGAUGGUGUGGGAGCCUCCCAAGGCUCUCAUAGUUGCAAUGACUAUGGAAGACAGAAGAACACUGGCUAUAAUCUUUAUUUUCAGCACUAAGUGUCUGGGCAUAUCACUAAAAAUCUUCUUCAUUGCUUCCAACCAAUCGAUACUACGGUUAAAAGGUCUUUUUCCUUAAAUCUGAUGGGUGUAAAAAUAAAAAGUAACAGCAUUUCUCUAGA